GACACAUGAAUUAAAAAUGGCGUAAAAAAUAUUUGCCAAAGUUGAUUUUGUGUAAUGUUUUUGUGUUUUUCCCAAGGAAAAUUGACAAUUUUCACCCCAAAUUCAUUCCCAAUUUGCAAAUUAAAAGCAGAUUCAUCGAAUUGGAGCAACGAUGGAGGACGAGAAUAUUCAGGAUAAGGAGAGAUUUGCCAGCAGGGAGAAUCACUGUGAGAUUGAGCGAAGGCGCAGGAAUAAGAUGACGGCGUACAUUACGGAGCUGUCGGACAUGGUGCCCACCUGUAGUGCUCUCGCCCGGAAGCCGGACAAGUUGACAAUCCUCCGUAUGGCUGUGGCGCACAUGAAGGCACUCCGGGGAACGGGGAAUACCAGCACAGAUGGCACGUACAAGCCAUCCUUCCUCACGGAUCAGGAGUUGAAGCAUUUAAUCCUCGAAGCAGCCGAUGGGUUCCUCUUUGUUGUUUCCUGCGACACUGGGAGGAUCAUCUACGUGUCUGAUUCCAUAUCGCCGGUGCUCAAUCACAGCCAGAGCGAAUGGUAUGGUUCGUGUAUCUUUGACAAUGUUCAUCCGGAUGACAUUGAGAAGGUCCGGGAGCAGCUUUCAACGCAAGAACCCCAAAACAGCGGGAGGAUUCUCGACCUAAAGACGGGAACUGUUAAAAAGGAAGGACAUCAAUCUUCCAUGAGAUUGUGCAUGGGCUCCCGUCGUGGCUUCAUCUGUCGCAUGCGAAUUGGGAAUUUGAAUCCCGAAACAAUGGCCACGGGGCAUUUAAAUCGUCUCAAACAGAGAAACUCCCUCGGACAGUCGCGCGAUGGACGAAACUACGCCGUAGUCCAUUGCACGGGCUACAUAAAGAAUUGGCCACCAACUGACAUGUUCCCCGGCGUCCAGAUGGAUCGCGGGGUGGACGAUGAAAUGCACGCCAGCCCGUGCUGCCUUGUAGCCAUUGGACGCCUCCAGGUUACAUCCACAUCUAACCUAUCGGACCUUUCGGGGUCACAGAAUCAAAAUGAAUUCAUUUCACGUCACACAAUGGAUGGGAAAUUCUCCUUUGUUGAUCAGCGUGUCAUGAAUAUCCUCGGCUAUGCCCCAACGGAUCUCCUUGGGAAGCUCUGCUAUGAAUUCUUCCAUCCCGAAGAUCAGAAUCACAUGAAGGAGAACUUUGAGCAGGUCCUCAAGCAGAAGGGACAAAUGUUUUCGGUUAUGUACCGUUUCCGGUCAAAGAAUCGCGAUUGGAUUUGGCUAAGAACGCAAGCGUAUGCUUUCCUCAAUCCCUACACGGAUGAAGUGGAGUACAUCGUCUGCACGAAUAGCUCGGCAAAAUCACUUCAUGCAACACAAGAGAACGUCACACCUGAUCCCACAGAGCAAGCAUAUCAAGCACCUGGACUCGAUUAUUCCCUUCAAAGCAGACGAGAUCCUCCAGUUGUGAGCGGCGUCUACAACCCGCACGAGAUGAUCCCGCAUAUUUCCAAUCAGAAUAACAUUCAACGUCCAGGAAGUACCCAAACAACAGCAGCCUACAGUGGCUAUGAGAUGUCUUCGUCUCCUGUUGGGUACGCAUCUCCGGGUGCUCCAGCCACUUCCAACACAGUAUUAGGACGAAUCCAUAAGAAUAAUACGACGUCACCCACUCCAGCGCCCACAGCAUGGCCCAUACGGCAGGAAACUCUCUGUUCUCUGCAGCAACCCGUCACGGAGGGUUAUCAAUACAAUCAGCUGAGUCCCUCACGCUCCCCAAGUGGUCCCACCUACACACAACUCAGUGGUGGAGGACUAAGACCAAACUAUCAGACUGCGGAGCCUCCGCACACCAAUACAAAUUUAUGGGGCUGGCAGGCACCGGGGCAACAACCAGAGCCCGCAGGACCAAGCUCAACGGCCGCCACGGCACACACGGUGUCCAUUGUGACGCCAAAUAAUCCCCAAGGGCAGCCACAGGGGCAGGAACUGUCGGAUAUGCUUCAGAUGCUUGAUCAGAGUGGUACAACGUCCUUUGAGGAUCUCAACAUUAACAUGUUCACAACGCCCUUUGAGUAGAAUAUCACCCACUUUCCCCGGGAAAGCUCUCUUAAACAUUCUCCGUGGGAACAAAACCAGAAUUAACUUUCUUUUUAUUAAGAAAAAAAUUGUAAAAAGGGAAAAAGUUUCAAACAAUUUGCAUACUUUUAGGGGAAUUUUGGUAGCAUGAAAAGUAUUUUUUUUGUAUAAAUUUUUAGAAUCAAAGAAAAUUUCAGAAUUUGAGUUUUAAGAAUAUUUAAUAAAAAAAAAUAAUUUUUAACGAAAUUUUCACAAUAAAUGAUGAAAAGUUCAAGCAGUUCAAGGCUUGCUUUGUAAAAGAAAGAAAUUUUGAAAAAAAAAAUUAACGAUUCAGAAAAAAAGAAAAAAAAUUGAAAAUUUGACGAGCAGAUGAAAGUUUUAUGGUUUUGUUUUAAAAUUUCAGGAAUUUCAAACUUAUUUGAGACUAAAGAAAGUCCCAAAUAUUAUUUUUACGUUAUUCAUCCCGCUGGAUUCCUUACAAUCCUUAAGGGGUUAACCCUUUCGCGUCCACUUCAGGAGACUCUUUUCAGUUAGAACGUCUUAUUUAACCUUUGCGUGAAUUUUAUGCAUUGGUAACUUGGAUAAAUAAUUAAAAUUCUUAAAACAAUAAUUUUCCGGGUUUUUCAUCGGUUAAAAGGGGACUUCUCACCCAGAAAUACUCACGUUUUCCAGAGCUUUCGGCUCCGUUAGAAAAUCAGUUUCGUCUGUAAAGUCUUAAAAAUUUGGAGGAAAAAAGUUUCAUAUUUGACCCAAAAAACAUGAAAGGGUUAAGAGUCUGAAUAUCAUCUUAAAAAGAAAAUUUCAGAAAUUGAAAAAAAAAACUCAGAUUUUUGACUAAAAUUACAAAAUCUAAUUUUUCAAUUUGAGAAUUAUUUGAAAUUCUUAAAAUUCAAUUUUUUGAAUAAUUAAGUUAUUAAAUAUUAAAAGAGGUUUGGAGUUAAUAUAAUUGACCUAAGUAAUUCAUUCAUUCUUAAAUUCACAAGAAAAUCAAAAUUUUCAGAGUACCUACUCAAAAUUGCCCCCUAAAAUAUGCAAAUUGUAAGAAAAAAUUUCUUUCAAAAAUUAGACAAUUUUUCUGGUUAUUUUAGAAUGUUUUUCACGUCUUUCAGAACUUAUUUUUAAUAUUCUUUUAUAAAAUCUUCCCCACUAAAACACUAUUUUUUUAAUUUUUAUUUAAUCCACCCGACUGUCGUAUGGAGUUUCCUAUGAAAUUCCAUGCUCUAUUUCCCAAUCCCACGUACUUAAAAAAAAAGUCUCUUAAAAAAUGCAAAAGUAAUGCAUUAAAUGACCCAACAUUUGAUGAGAAAAUCUUUUGAAAAAAAAAAUAGAUUUUUGAUAUAAAAAAAUUAAAAGAGAAAAAUCUUCUCAAUUAAAUUAAGUUAUUAAUAAAAUAAGAAAUGAAAAAUAAUAAUAAUGCAUUUUAAUAUGGAUUAAAGAAUUAAACGAUGACUUUCAUAUUUAGAUAUUAGAUUAUAAGAGAAAUAUUAUAAAUAAAAUAAUAUAAAAAAUGAGUUAGAUAAGAACAUUCUCCCCUCUUUUGCAAAUUAAGUGCAUAGAUAGUAAAGAAAAAUUAAAAAAAAAUUGAUGGGAGUAGAUAAAAAAGAUUAAAUUUAGUACGAAUAUAUAAUUAAGUAAAUAAACAUUUUAGAAAUAUAAUUCUUAAGGGCAAUAUAUAAGUAAAGAGAAGAAGAAAAACACGGAAAUGUGAAUGAAAAAAUUUUCGUUGCAAUAGCUAAGUGAGAGAAGUUUUUCUCAAAUUCCACGAUUUAUUUAAGAAUUUUUCUUUUUAUUUCAUCUUUAAAUAAUUAUUUUUUAAUGAUUUUAUUACCCGAAAGUUUAGAGAAAUAGAAUUAAAAUACAGAAUUUUCUGACUUCUUAACUUACCCAUCAGCUUAAUUUUUUUUAACAGCAUUUCUAUUUCACAAAAAUCCAGAUGAAAAUGAAAUAAAGAAAAAAAAUCCCAGAAUUUUCUUAAUUUUAAAAUAUAUUUAUGUACGAGAAUAUAUUGUUAAAAAAAUAAUAUAAAUUACAUUGAUGACCAUCA